AUGGAUAGAUUAUGCAGUUCCGGGUUUGCAUGGAAAUGGAGAACCACCUCUUUUGAUGCUGACUCUCUUCUAGAGUUACAUGAGUUUCACAAGUUGGUUGGAUCAGUUAAUCUCAGUCAAUCACUCAAAGUUGGUUUCCGUUUCAAACCCAAUUCAGAAGGUAUCUACACUGUGAACAGUCUAAGGCGUAUGGUGGACUUGAAAAUCAACCAAUACAAAGGACCUUUGAUUUGCUGGUCAAAAAGCAUACAUUUAAAAGUCAAAUGCUUUAUAUGGAGGUCUAUGGAAAGAAUUUCAGUAGCUGAUGCGUUAGCUCAGAGGGGUAUAAUGGUCCAAAACACGACUUGUUCAUUGUGUGGUACCUAUGAUGAAUCCACUAACCAUUUACUGAUUGGCUGUGAAUUCUCAAAUACAGUUUGCGAUUGGAUUUUCCGGUGGUGUGGGAUUCAACAUAGGCAAUUUGAGAAUGUAAGAGACCUCAUUGAUUUUGCUGCAACAUGGGGGAAUUGUCCCAAGAAAAGGCAUCUGUUGAGCAUGAUAGUAUACUCUACCAUUUGGAACAUAUGGCUGACCAUGAAUGAUAGAAUUUUUAAAAAGAUUGGAGUAAACCCUACCAAGACUGCAGACUCCAUUAUAGCUCAAACUUUUGAAUGGAACAAACACAGGAGGAAUGGAAUGGAAAGCUGGAUGGAAUGGAGUUGCUAUCCAUUUUCCUUUUUUUAG